GGUUGUCCUUGUCACCCUGGCUUCUCUGAGCAGAUGGCAGAAUCCUGAAGACAUGGACAUAAAUGAGCUCCUGGAGGCCGGUGCUAACAGCAGUGUGCAGAGAAAGAGGAGACAGAGCCAGGACUUCCUGCAGCCCUACAUCACUGCCAAACUGGAGGUUCUGCCUGAGAUCUUCACUCUGGGUGAUGAGAAGAAAUACAAUGGCUACUACAACAAACCCCUCCCUGGCCAGCAGCAUUAUCGCUGCUUUGUCCUGGCUGACCUGAUGGACGACGAAGCUCACACAACUUUUGCGGCUAGCCCGUUCUCCGAGCCCAUCAUGGUGAAGCUCCACCAUGGGAUGACCCGACAAACUGAGGACCCAGAGAUGCUGUGGGUGAUGGGUCCAGUCCUGGCUGUCAUUCUCAUCAUCGUCAUAGUCAUUGCUAUUCUACUCUUCAAGAGCAAACAAGAAAGGAAGCGAACAUCUCCAGCCAAGGAUGAGCACAUGGCAGUUUUCAAGGACUCACUACUGGCCCACUCCUCAGACCCUGUGGAGAUGAGGAGACUCAACUAUCAGACACAAGGGAUGAGGGAACAUCCUCCCAUUGCUAUCUCUGACCUGGCAGACGACAUAGAGAGACUCACAGCCAAUGAUGGUCUGCGCUUCUCUCAGGAAUACGAGUCUAUUGAUCCAGUACAGCAGUUCACCUGGGAGCAUUCCAACCUGGAGGUCAACAAGCCAAAGAACCGCUAUGCAAAUGUUAUCGCCUACGACCACUCCAGGGUCAUCCUCACACCUGUAGAUGGAGUUCCAGGGAGCGACUACAUCAAUGCCAAUUACAUUGAUGGUUACAGGAAGCAAAAUGCUUACAUCGCCACACAAGGGCCGCUGCCAGAGACACUAAGUGACUUCUGGAGGAUGGUGUGGGAGCAGAGGACCUGCACUAUUGUUAUGAUGACCCGUCUAGAGGAGAAGUCACGGUUACACACUGUUUGUGUGCAGGUGAAGUGUGACCAGUAUUGGCCCAGUCGAGGCACAGAGACAUAUGGGAUGAUUCAGGUCGCCAUGCUGGACACUGUGGAGCUGGCUACGUACAAUGUACGCUCAUUUGCCCUCUAUAAGAAUGGCUCGAGUGAAAAGAGAGAGGUUCGUCAGUUCCAGUUUAUGGCCUGGCCUGACCAUGGAGUGCCAGAGUAUCCCACACCAACACUGGCCUUUCUACACAGAGUCAAGGCCAGCAACCCUACAGAUGCUGGACCCAUGGUGGUCCACUGCAGUGCUGGUGUGGGCAGAACAGGAUGUUUCAUUGUGAUUGAAGCCAUGCUGGAGAGGAUGAAACACGAUAAGUCGGUAGACAUUUAUGGUCAUGUGACAUGUAUGCGAGCUCAGAGGAACUACAUGGUGCAGACAGAGGAUCAGUAUAUAUUCAUCCAUGAGGUCCUGCUAGAAGCUGCAGCAUGUGGCAAUACAGAAGUCCCCGCACGCAACCUUUACACCCACAUCCAGAAGCUCACCCAGAUCCCUCUUGGAGACACUGUCACCACUAUGGAACUGGAGUUUAAGAAACUUGCCAAUUCUAAAGAACAUACCUCAAGAUUCAUCAGUGCCAACCUGCCAUGUAACAAAUUCAAAAACCGCCUGGUGAACAUCAUGCCUUUUGAGUCUACCCGUGUCUGCCUACAACCAAUCAGAGGGGUGGAGGGCUCUGACUACAUAAAUGCCAGCUUCAUUGACGGAUACCGGCAGCAGAGAGCAUACAUGGCCACCCAGGGCCCAUUAGCCGAGACCACAGAGGACUUCUGGAGAAUGUUGUGGGAACACAACUCUACCAUUGUAGUCAUGCUCACCAAACUCCGUGAGAUAGGACGGGAAAAGUGCCAUCAGUACUGGCCUGCUGAGCGCUCUGCACGCUACCAGUACUUCGUUGUGGACCCCAUGGCUGAGUACAACAUGCCUCAGUACAUCCUGAGAGAGUUCAAAGUCACAGAUGCCAGGGAUGGUCAGUCGAGGACCAUCAGGCAGUUUCAGUUCACUGACUGGCCAGAGCAAGGAGUGCCAAAAACUGGGGAGGGAUUCAUUGACUUCAUCGGCCAAGUCCAUAAAACUAAAGAGCAAUUUGGACAAGAUGGACCAAUCACUGUGCACUGCAGUGCUGGUGUUGGGCGGACUGGUGUGUUCAUCACCUUGAGUAUCAUCCUGGAGAGGAUGAGGUAUGAGGGAGUGGUCGACCUCUUCCAGACUGUCAAGAUGCUCCGUACUCAGAGACCAGCCAUGGUGCAAACAGAGGACCAGUACCAACUGUGCUACCGAGCUGCUCUGGAGUACCUGGGAAGUUUUGAUCACUAUGCAACAUAGCCCUACCCAGAAAGACACCCUCAGAAAACUUUCUGUCUCCUCUGAGUCGUAUCCACCCAGUUACAUCAGUCCCUGCGGCCUGAUGAGGAGGUUACAAGGAGGACUGCUGAAGAGGUGACCACAGCACAAAACAGGAGAGAUUAGAAGACAGAGGAGAGGGGACAGGAUGACCUCCUGCUGGACUGGUGCCACAGACUCAAGACCAAUACCUCCAAAACACCAACCCUGAAAGACUCAGAGUCAUGCCUCAUUCUGGUUCUUGACUGAAUACUCUCAUCACCCUCUAAUUUCUGCCUCGUCCUAAUAUAUAUAUAGUCUUCAUUACUUAUUGUCAUGAAUAUUUAGAAAUUAUUUUGUAUCACUUACACUGGUCUUAAUGUUUUGGGGUUUUUUUUGCUUAUCUUUAUAGUAUUUUUAUUAGCACAAAGGACAUGUAUUUUCAACAUGCUCAAAGAUUAACACUGGAGAGCAUAUACUCACAGCUGCUAAUAUUCUAAUGUUAUCAUUACUCAGUUGGCCCUGUGUAGAAGGAAAUGUGGGUUCUGACUUCCUGUCUUGACAUCAGACAGAAUGGUGAUGAAAAUAUGCUGGCAGUACAGAGUUUUUUGUCCAUAACCGUUGACUGAUUGUCUCACAGCCUCAGAGAACUGAAGACCUCCAACAAAAGAAAUGUAAAUCUAUUGGAGAGGUUGUAUGCACAAAAGUUUUUAAAGUUAUUUUUCUGCAUUUUUUGCCUUUAUUUUGAUAGGUGCAGAGAGUCAGGGAAGUCAGGCAGAGAGAGAGGGAAUGACGCAGCAUUGCGAAAUAAGUGUGAUGACAUAAAAUGCAGAUCACAUGAUCCAUGGAUGAAAAAGAAAAGAAAUCCAUUAUGAGACACCAAUUUAUAAUAAGAUGUUUUCUUCUGAGAGCAUUAAACCAAGACUCAAGGCUGAACUUAAAUAGAAUUGAUUUAGUUGCUUAACUCUUUUUGUCAACUAAAUCCAUGGAAAGACUUAAUGUGGUAAUCUGUCUCUCAAUAAUUUACUAAAGAUAAUAACUCCAAGCUGUUCCUAUUGAAAAACAUUUUUGAGUUUAAAAAAGGGUUCAGUAGUUUCCACAACAGUUAACAUUGGCAGGUUUUGGGAAAUGUUCCUCAAACUAGAGUAAAUAGUACAUUUGUUGGGGACUAUAUUCAGCAGCAGAUUAAUCCACUUUUGGUGCUCUAGUGUUUAUUUGGGGCAGCAGGACUUUGUGUAUGAUUGAGUCAAAACAGUACAACGUGGAACAUGUCUAACAGUGUGGUUCACUGAUGUAUUUUCAAUAGUUAUUGGACAGCAAUGGAGCUUUAUAGCUCAAGUGGAAUAAGAGAUCAGGUUUUGAUAUACACGCAAUACUUAUUAGUGGAAUCAGUUCAUUGUUUGGCUGGGUCUGCAUAUGGGAUUUCUUGACAGAACAAAUAUUUAUCAAAAAAAAAUUUUUUUUUAAAUCAAAAACAUAUCAGAAUUUUCCUUUAAACAAAGUUUAAAUGUAAAGACCCAAAUUUUGUUAGAACAGUCCACAGCUGAAUUUUAAAUCAUCAACAGUGAGUUUGGAAGAAAUGUAAGAAUUUGGGGGCACUAUUAGAAUAUAUUAUAUAAAGAAUUACCGCCUCUGCCAACCAGCCAAAUUGCAGGAAAUAUGGUGGACAACAAGCUCCCCCUCAUGAGUGACAGCAUUGAAUAAUAGCCAGUUCAGAACAUUAUGACCUUUGACCUUUAUCCUUAUAGGCUUUUGAGCUUAAUUGUGUCAGUAUAGUGUUAGUAUUCAUGAGUUUUGGCCAGUGUUUUGUGAGGUCACAGUUUGACCACCAAAUUCUAAACAGUUUAUCCAAGUGAAUGUUUGUGCCAGAUGUAAUGGAAUUCCCUCUGGGUGUUCCAGAUAAGAACAUGAGCUCACCGUGACCUUGAACUUUGACCCUUUCCCACCAAAAUGUAAUAUGUUCAUCCUUGAGUCUAAGUGGACAUUUGUGUCAAAUUUGAAGAAACUCCCUCAAGACUGAGGUAUCUCGUUCACGAAUGUGACAGAAGGACAACCUGAAACAUAAUACCCUCUCAAAUACCUUUAGGUUGCUGUCAGCCAACCAGAUUUUUUAUGGUUAGAAAAUGCUAUGUCUAACUUUUGUAACAUUUAAUCUGGUUUUCUGUCCUCAUACUCAUUUCACAUUUUUAGAUAUUGUACACAAGUAAAGUAAAUGUUGUCAAGUAAAUGGACUGCAUUUUCUUUUCUAGUUUUCACAAUCACUCAAAGUUGUGAAACUACACUACUACUCACAUCCAUCCAUUCACAGACACAUUCAUACAGUGCAUCUCUAUUAAAUACACUCAAGGACCAUUCGACAUGUGGACUGGAGGAGCCAGGGAUUGAACCACCAACCUUCUGAUUAGUUACCUCCCACUCUACCUCCUGAGCCACAGCCGAUGCAAGUUAAUACAGUAUGGACAGUCAUCAUGGACCACAUGUACUGAAAACAUGACUGUUCAAAGUGAGGUGGAUGAUUUAGUGAUCCCCACACAUCUGUCCCACUCAUAUAACUUACAUAUUACAUAUUAUAACUAUUACAUGUAACAUAUUAUACAUGUUAACAUCUUUCUGUUUGCAUACAUGAAUCUAUAUACACAUGGAUCCCAUUUCAUGAUAUAUUACAGCUCAAUCACUGUGUUGAGCAGCAUCAUUGUUCAGUGGUGGAUCUCUGGUUCUCUUGACCUCUGGUUUUUCACUGGAAGAGAUGACAGUUUGGGAUAUAGUGGUGUUACCUGAAGUAACAUAUCUGUUUUCUAUCUGUUAAUAAAAAGCAGAGAAAAUGUCUUGAAAAUCUUAGUUAAUAAAGUUGAA